UGCAGUACAGCGUAAAGUAAAAGAUCACAAAAUAUGGGAACUGAACACAUUAACAUGAACAGAUGUGGAAAGCAUACACCAUGUAAACGUGGAUUUCUUGCUUUUCAGAUUUUUUUAAUAAGCUGAUUUUAGAGACUAAUCGGCAUAUUGGUGUGCAUGUAAACAUGCUCAGUAUUUAAUUGACAACUUGAUUUUUCCAGUAAUGACCACAUUAGGGUUUACAAUUGCUAAUGGUUCCAGUCAUGUUCUGUGAUGCUUGUGAAACUAAUAUGAGUGACCCUGAUUUGCGAAAUGAUAUCAGAAAAUCAACAAAGGCUCAUCCAGAAAGAAUGCCAGGUAGACCAGCACAUGCUACUCUUUUUCCCUCUCUAUGUCAAUUUCUGCCUUUUUCUGGCCCCCGUUUCAAGGUCACUGACCUACAGCCAAUAUUAACUCAGUGUCUCUGAACCCCCCAGUAUUUCUGUCACAUACACAGACAGACAAUUGCUUUCACAAUUCACACUAGAAGCAGACUGCCAUUUGGAAAGAGACAUAAAGGCAAAAUAUCCUUGAUUUUCAGGUUACGUUUUCAACUUGGAGCCAAACAGGAUCAGAUUGUGUCUGUUGUCAUGGCAGCGAUGGUCAUUCAGGUGAUGGGGUUGUUCCUGGGCAUCGUGGGCUGGUGUUUGGAGUCCACCAGCACAAACUCUGCUAUGUGGAGGACUCAGAGUAAAGUAGACUCAGUUUUGACCACCAGCACGACUUAUGAAGGACUUUGGCUGUCAUGUGCCACUAACGCGCUUGGGGCCAUUCAGUGCCAGAGAUUCAAGACCGUACUGGGCCUUUCAGCAUACAUCCAGACCUGUCGAGCGCUGAUGAUUAUUGCUCUCAUUCUGGGUUUGCUGUCCAUUAUUCUCGCCAUACUGGGACUCAAGUGCACUAAACUGGGCAGCACGUCCGAACAGACCAAAGGAAAAAUGGCUCUUACGGCUGGAGUGCUGUUCAUUCUCUCAGGUUUGUGUGUUCUUAUAGCCGUGUCUUGGUACGCCUCUCGAGUCAUUCAGGAAUUUAAUAAUCCUCUGAACGGAGGCACAAAGUUUGAACUUGGCACUGGUCUGUAUCUGGGCUGGUCGGCAGCAGCUCUGGUCCUGUUGGGAGGUGGAUUACUCUGUACCUCCUGUAAGACGAGUCCAUCACCUGCACAAACACGGGGUUACAACUACAGCUACAGUGCUACACAACCUCAGAAGAUCUACAGAACAGAUGCACCGUCAGAGAACAACAGUUCCAAAGCUUACGUCUGAAUGCGUCUUUAUUGUUCUGUUUUUGUACUUCUACUAUGGAGCAUCUCAGAAGAAAGGGAGGGGUUGUUGUUGUUGUUUUUUUUUACGAAUUGUUAAGUAUUCCCAUGCAAUACGUUUUUGCAUUCCUUCACAAUUAUUUUGGGUUCCCUUGCAAUAAAUGAACCAUUAACCAAAUAGUUAACCAUGGUAUUUGUAGUAAAACCACAGUCACGGCAAAACUGACCCUGGUUUUACUAUAGUAACCAUAGUUCACUGUGGUAUUUUUAGUAAAGCUAUAGUAAUAAUACAAGAAUGAAACUUAAACUAUGGUCAUAAAUAUCAUAAUUUUGUACUUAGCUACAAAUACCAGAGUUCAGCUGUGGUUGCUAUGGUUUUACUACAGCAACCAUAGUUUAACCAUGGUAUUUGUAGGAUAACCAUAGCAACCACAAGAUUAACCAUGGAUACUGUGAUACAGUGCAAAAUUAUCGCAAGGGCAUGCAUAACUAUUUCAGAAACAAAAUUCCCUCCUUGUCCUCCAAGCGGCUCUGUUAUCUUCAUAUGAUUGUGUUAUUUUAAUACAUGUAUCUUAAAGUCAACAUGAAAUCUAAAAAAAAUGUUUCAUAAUCUUUCAUCAAAAUGUAUAACUUGCUCUGCCUCUGAAAACCCUUUUCUUUUUGGAGAUGUCUCCGUUUUGACCAAUGGAUGCCAGUGUUUCAGGAGUAGAGUAGUCCUCGAUAAUCCAUUGCAAACUCACAUUCAGGUCUCCAUUUUUGUAUGUAACACCCACAUUAAAGUAGUGUGUGAAAGUUGUUUGAUGUUGACUCUAAUACUUUUAUGGCAUGCAAAUCGUCAAGCUUGCACGGAAACUCUUAGUACAUUACAUAAAUGUUACAUUGCCACUUUUUUGUGUUUUGUGCUCGUCCAUUUACUGAAAUGGUUAUUUUGACAUUGCUAUUUCUGUGAAUAAAACUAUUCUGUGUUAAAGCUGUGCUGCUGUGCAGAUAUUUUAAUGAGGUUUUUAUGUUUCAAAUCUCAAAGGUGACUGUCUUUCACAAUUGUUUUACUAGAUUAUGUUGGGAGUGCAUUGUUUUAUUGUGGAAAACAUCGAGGCCACUGAUAUGAGUAUUCAUCUGAUGUGAGUGUACGUCAUUAAAACACAGAUUUGUCAAAAGUAUUAGUCAUGCCUGUUGGUGAAAAACGUUUUUAAGUAGAAAAAAACACUGUGUGGUAAAGAAGUUCUCUUAUUAUUUUCUUUUUGCCUCUUUUUUAUGCACAUUUGUUUUGGUAAGGAAAUUGUUUUAUGCAUGAGAUGAUUCCUCACAGAUUUGUGACAUUGAGUAUAAACAACGGUAUAGCAAAUGUAUGAAUGUAUCCCAAAACAAUAAAUAAAUAUGAUCUAAUUGCA